AUGCCGUGUUUGCCUUGUGAAAACGUCUGCAGAAAGGACUCCACGUGGGCAGGUGCAAGGUUAGACUCUAACAAGCCCUCGAAUUACUCCUCCACUGCUGCUAAAAUAACUUGUGAGGAACCAUUAUUAGAAGUGAGGUUCCCGAUGUGGAGGCAGACUUUGCGCAGCGACGGACACACGCGGUCGCAAUGGGAUUUCCCCUCGAGGACCGGCGCACACACGGCGCUCGCGAAGAAAUGCGAAGGUGCCGUAUCUAUGGAAGAUCUUCACAGACAGUUGCAGCAAGAGACAGAAAAUAUUGUACGCUGGAAGGCUUCGACUGAGAUGAACACAAGGCAGCUCGAGCGACAGCUGAACGAUGCUAAGGUGACCAUCGCUGACCAGCGCCGGAAUCUGAUGGAACUGCAGCUGAACUCGGAGAACCUCUCACAGAGCCUACUUAAGGAGCGCCAAGAGAGGGACUUGAUCGCGGCCAAAUGUGUAAUAGUAACUCACACUCGCCAGCUGUUCCGCACACUCGAGCAGCAGAAAGAAGAACUUGUGGUUACAAUAACGCUUUUCCAGCAGGAUAAAGACUUGCUAAGUACCGCCCACCGCGAGGCAGUCCAGAAGAUAAGCGAGAUAACAGAAAGCUUCCAUGACCUUUCCGUUCAACACAGGCAGCAAGUGGAUAGUCUUACUGCUCAAGCUGCAUCUAAAGUGAGUCAGCUGCAGGAGAAGAUCGCGUCAAAAGAGCAAGAACUGAAGGACUUGAACGAGUCGAUGUCGAGGCUCAUCCACAAUAAUUCCGAAUACGAAGAAAAUGUCACAGAACUGACAGAGCUCCUGAAGACCACAGCUCAGAGCCUGAUGUGUGCCCAAGACAAGAACACGGCUCUUGAAUCGGAAAUAGUCGAGGUUAAAAGCUCACUAGAAAGAGUUCAGAAUGAGAUGGAGGAGCAAACUCAGGCCUCGAAUGCCCAGGUAAACAAUCUCCAAGAAGAGCUAAAACAAGAACAAUGUCGCCGCAUCGAAAGCCAAAAGGAGUUUGAGGAAGCGGUAGAGAAGAUACAGUACCUGAAGAAAGCGAACGACACAUUGGAAGGCAGCAAGAGCGAGCUUCUGGAUAAACUUGAGGCUGUGACAACUCGAAAGCAAGAGUUGGAAGAGGAACUCGACCGUAGCAAUAAUAGGAUAACGGAGCUGCAGGGAGAACACACAGAGCUGGAGCAAGAAGUACACCUUAUGUCCCUGAACCUGAAGUAUAUGCGCACCAACUUCGAAGAUUUGAAUUCAGAUUUCCAAGAUAUACAGAAAGACAGACAGUCUUUGAUGGCACAACUAGAUGACUCAGAGAAAAUCUUACAAGAGAAAAAUCAACAUGUUACGUGUCUCACACAACAGGUUCAGAAAAAGGUGGAAGAAGAGUUGAAAACAGAAAUAUCAUGUUAUAAAGAUCGGAAUGAGGAAAUGAGUAACACUAUUGAAUACUUGAACAAAAGGAUCCAGGAAAAUACAGAGGCAGCAGCCAAACUCCAAGAAGACAUAGCGUUGGAAGCUGAUAAAAAUAUUAGGUCGUUAGGAAAAGAAGUAGAAUUCCUUAAUGAACAGUUGACUAAUGUUCGAAACGAGUGGGCAGCAGAUCGUGAAAACUACGAACAGAAGAUCCAGGACAUUACAAAUAGUGCAGCUGAAACGGAAGCGGAGUUGAAGCAACAAAUUACAGACAUUGAGGACCAGUUCAAGAAAACCACGAACGAAAAAGACACUUUAGAUAAGGAUUGGGGGGAGCAACAAGCACUCGUAAAAUCUCAGAAACUCCAACUCAAAGAACAAGAAAAAGAGGUGAUAUCUACCACUAAACUGUUGACAUACCUUGUUUUAUUGUUGAAGUCUAAAACCAAAGCCUUAAAUCAAGAAAUCAAGAAAAAGGAGAAGACGGAAGCAUCGAUUACAGCCCUAGAGAAGAAGCUUCAAAGCAGCGAGACCGAGCGAGAGAAACUAAAGUCGGAUCUUCAAGAGUUUCUGCGCUGCCAGGAAGAAACGCAGAAGCUGCACGAGGAGAAGCAGAAGGCGUUGGAGGAGGAUCUCCAAAAUAAAAUCAACGAGGUCAGUGGACUUCAGGACUUGGCUCGCACACACGAAACGAACCUGCAGGAGACGCAGCAGGAGGCGGUUGACUUGCAGGAAGCUCUCGAUGCAGCUCGCAGUGAAAUGAAUGUCCUGCGAGGCACAGUCGACGUGAGGGGCAAGGAAUUCGAGGAGCUCAAGUGCCAGUCCGCCGAGGCCAAACUGAACCUGACGAAUCAACUUCAAGAAAAAGAAGAACAACUGACAACCUCCUCCAACAUCUGCAGCCGGUUGCAAGGUGAUGUUGCAAGCUUAAAACGGUGCAUGGAAGAACAACGCUCCAAACACUCGGCGGAAGUUCAAGCAUUAAAAGAAUCAGUGGACGAGACCAAAAAGAACUUAAAGCGCGUCAAACAAGAAAUGAUAAAGGUUAACAAAGAGAAGGAGGACGUCAUGCAGGAAGCUGAUACUAAAGUCAAGGACAUGUUAGGUAUCAUAGAGCGGUAUAGAUCUGACAACGAGAGUAAUAUGAAAAAGAUAACAGCAGAAUUACUAGAAACCCAGCAGAAACUCGCAAUGAAGGAGGCAGAUAUUGCAAAUGUGGCAUCGGCAAACACAAAACUCCUCGUGGAAGCUGUUGCUGGCACGAAGACAAAUUCCAAGCCAAAAAUGAGCGCUACUGCUUAUACAGUAGACUUGCCACUGGAUACCGAGGAGCUAAAAACUCCAAGCCCUCGACAAUACCUCAACCGCCGUCGCCCUCCCUUUGAAAUGUACAAAAAUACUCCCACAGCGAAAACAUUACCAGUUGUAAGGUUUUCUGAAGACAUGCCAUCCCAGGAGGAUCGGUCGCAGCCAAGUAUUCUGAAGGCAGGAUCAAGACGCAUCCUCGUACCCCCAACUGAGCAGAAGCGAGUGGCGUUCAGGUCUCCGUUGCCUCGAGUUUGCGCCAACGACGGGGACUCAAGCUCUGAUGCUUAUGCUUUGGAGCUUGAUGAUUCCUUUGAUGAGAUUGUAAAGCCAAGGAAGCGAAGAUCAGGUAACAUUCCCAGUGCAAACGUGGCACCGACAUAUAGCAAGGCCACUCUCAGUGUGGCAGCCAGCGUAAAUAGGGACCGUUCUAUUCUAUGUGCUGUUCCAGAAGAGAAGGGCCACCAGCAGCCAGACGGUGGAAAGCCGUAUGGCAAGAGGAUCUAA